AUGCCUGUUCGUACUGGUGCCUUCCGUUAUGGGCGCAUCGUAGUGGAAGAGCACUGGGACUAUGAUGGGGCGUAUUUGCCUGCUCUUCCUUUUAUUCUCCAGAUGGGCGGCCAGAUUACCGCUACAGAAUUGGAAGCUUGGCUAGGUUUGCAGCUUUCAUUGCAAGUUACCUGGUUAUUCCUCGGACUCACGGGUCUGUACGUGCGUCGCCUAGUCGGUGGAAGAUAUAACCAUCAGGGCGGUGCAAAAUAUGAUGGUUUCUGUCUGUAUGUGCUUUUGGUGGGAUGUGGGGAUUGA